CAAAUCAAUAUCAGUAUGCCUAUCCAAUCUGGUUUGGUCCGUUUACAGUUUUCCUAAGUAUCAACCACCCUGAUUAUGCUAAAACAUUACUUACAACUGCAGAGCCAAAAGAUGAUAUGGUGUACCAAUUUAUAACUCCUUGGAUUGGUGAUGGCUUACUGGUGAGUGCUGGACAGAAAUGGUUCCGCCACAGACGACUGUUAACACCUGGGUUUCACUAUGAUGUUUUGAAGCCAUACGUAAGACUGGUUGCGGAUUCCACCAAGAUCAUGCUGGAUAAAUGGGAACAACUUUGCACAAAAGAAAACCAUACACUGGAGAUCCACCACCACAUCAGCCUAAUGACAUUAGACAGUAUUCUGAAAUGUGCCUUCAGUUACCGUGGCAACUGCCAGAUUGAAAGUGACAGUUCAUAUAUCAAGGCUGUGUAUGAGCUCUGCUUCCUUUCCAAUCAGAGGUUCAGAACCUUCCCAUAUCACAGUAACCUUAUUUACUAUCUGAGUCCACAUGGCUAUCGUUUUCGGAAAGCCUGCAGCUUGGCACACCACCACACUGACGAAGUGAUACGCCAGAGGAAAGAAACGCUGAAAAAUGAGAAGGAAUUGGAAAAAAUCAAAGAUAAGAGAUAUUUAGAUUUCUUGGAUAUUCUGCUUUGUGCAAGGGAUGAAGAUGGAAAAGGAUUAUCAGAUGAAGAAAUUCGAGCGGAGGUGGACACGUUUAUGUUUGAAGGUCAUGACACCACAGCAACUGGAAUCUCCUGGCUCUUGUACUGUCUGGCCCAACAUCCAGAACACCAACAAAAGUGUAGGGAAGAAAUCCAGGAGCUUCUGGAGGGUCAUGAACAAAUAGAGUGGGAGUUGCUCAGUAAGAUGCCUUACAUUACAAUGUGCGUUAAGGAGUCUCUGCGACUUUUCCCCCCUGUCCCAGGGAUAUCCAGGAGGCUGACCAAACCACUCACAUUCUUUGAUGGGAGGAAGAUACCUGAAGGUUGCCUGGUUGGUGUAAGUGUCUACUGUAUUCACAGGAACCCUAUGAUUUGGGAUAAUCCAGAGGUUUUUGACCCUUUAAGAUUUUCCCCUGAAAAUUCAGCAAACAGACACACACAUGCCUUCAUACCUUUCUCUGCUGGACCAAGGAAUUGCAUUGGUCAGCACUUUGCCAUGAAUGAAAUGAAGGUCGCUGUCGCGCUGAUUAUUAAUCGAUUUGAACUGGAAAUCGAUGAGUCAAAACCACCACUUAAAAUACCUCAGCUGGUCCUUCGAUCCAAAAAUGGGAUAUACCUGAGGAUUAAAAAACUGCAAUAAUGUCAGCCUGCAAGAAUAACUGAAUUUAGAAAAAUAAGAAAGUAAUAACAUCAAAAUCAGAUGAAUCAAUCUCAUCAAUUCUGAUUAAGAUAUUGAAACUAUUUUGCAAGAGAUGGAAGUUGAUAGCAGCAAUGAAACCUUUUCCUGGACCCCCAGCACACUGGCUAUAUGGACAUGCACUUGAG